AGAUAGGAGCAGACAUAGCUGAAGCCAGAGGAGAGCGCACCCCGAGUAGCUUUCCAUUGAGAAUUUGCUAAAAGCCAUUGAGAAGGUCGCUCAGAGGCAUCAGCAAAGUCUUGGGAGAAAAGCGAAUCUGCGUGGAGCGCUCUUUGUGUGAUUCCUCAUGCCUGAUUCAAGAGUGAAUUUAUAAACAAAAAAACCAGAUGUUUAUUUGCUAACCAGCCACUCCAAAUAAGAUACACGGGAAGGGUUGCGAACUUCUGUGUUCUCCUGAGAAGACAGCGGCAUGUGCGACCAACUUAAUCAAAUGCUGAUGUGCUUGCAACCUUUUUGUCUUCUCUUGUGAACUUCCUGUGAUCUCAGUAAAACAACUGUGGCUUGUGUUAGUUAAAGGAUUUCAAAGCAAGCUUUAUCUGUGGAAUAAGUGCAGUGAAGUCUUCAGUGUAAGCAUCUUAGAGGAAGGACUUUCGAACUACGUGGGGAAACAGACCAGCACCAACUAUGGAAGAACCACCUCUCGAAACGUUCACCUCCCCAAGAUCCAGAAGAUGCAAGAAAAAUGCAUGAAUGUACCUACUGCGGCAACAACAGCGCCCAGCUGGUGCUUCACAAGUGGAUCCACACAGAUUUGGCAAAAUGAUGUGUGUUUUUCUCUUCGGAGCAUUCCCUCCUCCUGGGGGAACCGAGAUGGUGUCGGCAGAACCCUUUCAGGCACCGCCGUUCUCGUUUGAAGAGGUGGCCGUGUACUUCACGGAGGAAGAGUGGACCCUGCUGGACGCAGAGCAGAGAGACCUGUACUGGGAUGUCAUGCAAGAGAACUACGAGAAUGUGGCUUCCCUGGCUGUUCCAAUCCCAAAACCUGAGUUGAUCUCUCGUCUGGAACGGGGAGAAGAGCCGUGGAUCCCUGCCCAAACAGCUUCAGAGGAGAAAAAAAUCCCCCUCAACCUUUAUGAAGGAAAUAACUUUCCUUUGACUUCCCCCACUAUCCCAGCAAGUGAGGUGAUCGUGAGGGAGAUCAAGGAAGAGAUUGCGGAACCUGAAGUUUUGGAUCCAGCGGAUCCUCAGUGGACUUUGCUGGGGGCGCCCCCGGAGAACACUUCCUUGGUGUCGGAGGGCCGGUGCGGCCUGCAGAGGCAGUGGGAGCUGCAGGCGGGGCAUGUCUGGCGGGAGCCCUCCAGGCACAUGAGGGUGGCCAAUUCCAAGCACAGCAUGUUCCACGUCGGGCGGAAGAAGCUCAUGUGCCCGGAAUGCGACCGGUGGUUUCACUGCAAGUCGGAAUUCUUGCUGCACUGGCGGACCCACACGGGCGAGAAGCCCUACGAGUGCCUGGCCUGCGGCAAGCGCUUCAUCCAGAGCUCCCACCUAAGUGCCCACCGGCGGAUCCACACGGGCGAGAAGCCCUACGAGUGCCCCCGGUGCGGGCGGAGCUUCAACCGGCGCUCCACCCUGACGGAGCACCUGAGGAUCCACACAGGGGAGAAGCCGUACAAGUGCCUCCAGUGCGGGGAGAGCUUCCGCUGGAGGCCGUACCUGACCAAGCACCAGAGGGUCCACCUGGGCAAUGCUGCCUACAGAGGCCUCAACAACAGGGAAGCCAUCUUUGAAGACUCAUCCCGUCCUGAGCCGCAGGGAAGACUCCCAGCAGGUGGCGCCAUCGAGAGUGGCACCCCAGACGCCAAUUCCCUGCGUGCUGCCUCCGCAUUGUCCAAACCACGCAGUGGGGUGAAGCCCGGCCCUGAGAUCUAUGGGCUCAGGCAAGGCUCAGGCGGGCCGCCGCUCAGGAGGCCCAUAAAGACUGAAUCAGAGCCUCUCCCCGGCGGGAACGACGUCACCGACGUGAGUCAGAUCAAGAUCGUUCAGGUCGAGAAGAAGCACGUGUGCCACGACUGCGGGAAAGCCUUCCAGUAUAAAUUCGAGUUGGUGAAGCACCACCGGACCCACACGGGGGAGAAGCCUUUCGAAUGCCUGGCCUGCGGGAAGCGGUUCUUCCAGAGCACGCACCUCAACGCCCACCUGCGCAUCCACACGGGGGAGAAGCCCUAUGAGUGCCCCCGGUGUGGGCGGAGCUUCAACCGGCGCUCCACCCUGACGGAGCACCUGAGGAUCCACACCGGGGAGAAGCCGUACAAGUGCCUCCAGUGCGGGGAGAGCUUCCGCUGGAGGCCGUACCUGACCAAGCACCAGAGGGUCCACCUGGGAGAGAGCACCUACAGAUACUUCGACAGCGGGGACGGCCUUUAUGACAGCUCUUCCUUCCCGGAGCAUCAGGAAGAAAGCCAACCAGAAUAUUUAACGUCCACCCCCAAUUUAAUCUCCCGCGUGGGGUCCCAACGAGAGCCGUGGCUGCCGUGGAUCCAGCAUUUGGAGGAAAAAGAGAACCGAGGGAGUCAUGGUGGAGGCAAGGAACGAGUUCAACCAUCUCCGGUCCUGUCUGAGGGAGAAGCUGAAGGACAGGAUUCACCCACAGGCCCUGCUCCCCCUUACAAUGGGACAGGAUCCAGUGACGCUUGUGACAACAUGACAGCGGAAGAUCUGGCGGAAAAUCCACCGCCGAGUGGCCUUGAGAUAAGAGAUGCCAGUCACGUGUUUCCAUGCAGCUCUGACGGAGAAGCUUCCCUACGGCCCGUGGUAGUUUCUAAAAGCAGGAACGCUUGAGGAAAGAACGGAAUGAAUCUGACAGCUUCGCAUACAGUCGUUCCUGUCCCCCAGCUCCUGAUUUCAUCUUUGGAGAAGGCGAGCAUGGCGAUGCAGAAGCAGCCCAGCGGUUGGAAGGCAACAGCCCCCAGUGCCAAACCCUUUUAUCCAGAAGAAAGAAAAAAGGGGGCCUUUAGAGUCCCAAGCCAUCUUGCAAUAUUUUCCCUUGAAAAAAACUCAAAAAGUCCAACGGUGUUCUUUCUUUGUCCUCCAGUAUUAAUGGCCAUUUACUCAUCCAAUAUUAUAACUCUGGGGGGCAGGGGGGGGGUGCCUUUAACCAGAUAAAAUAAUAUUUUAUUACUGUCAGAAAGACCAGCAUACCGACAUUUCUGAUAGAUGUUUCUCAGCAUAACAAAAUCAAGAUACCCCAAAUUUUUGUUCAGGUCUCUGCAUUCCUGGAGGUAAUAAUUUGCAUUUCCCAGCAUAUGACACACAGAAUAAGCAAGGACACAAAACAUAAUUUUGUGCCCUAAUUUUGAUCGGGUAGCAAUUAAUGUACCUAAAAUUCAGGCGCUCUCCCUGGCAAAUGUAAAAACAAUAUGAUAGGAGGAAGAGGAGUGUGGAGAAUAUGAUCCCCCAUUUCUGCUUUUCUUGUCCCAUUCACAAGGUGUCCUUAACGAAUAUAUUAAUACUUUGAGGUUCAUGUUGAUCUCUUUUUUUUAAUUGAUUAAUUCAGGAGUGUGUUUCAUAACCCAGGGAUACGCUAAUAUUUGUGGUCAGAGCUAAAACUUUUUAAAAGAGUAAAUUGCAAGAGAAGUCAGCUAUUAAGGUGUCAUUAAGAGCAAGGAUUUUAAGGUUAAGGAUGUGCUAGUGCCGUUUAAGCAAACAAAUCUGUCAAGACCUGGAUUGCACACACUGAAAAACAGGCUUGAUGGGUUUCUAGCCCUUAAGCCAUAGAGAGGGGGAUAACACAGGGUAACAUGUGGUCAGAAGAUGCACAUCCUGGCCCAGAGAGCUGUCUGCUUCCCACAGGGAGCAAGCAGGAAGAAAACGGAAUACAUUCUGCAAAAGAUGCAAGUAGAUAACAUUUGUCUGCCAUAACCGGGAUCCAGAAUUCAGCUGUUAGUGCGGAAUGUCACUUGACUGUGAAGAUCUUGAUUGUGAGGUUCAAAAAUCCUCCUCUUCUGACCCUGUGGGUGGAUUACCUCCACGCCCACCCUCCCCACCCCUGCUUUUGAACAUCUCCCCCUUUUAUUUCCUUCUUCCCCAAGGAGCUUCACUGUCACAUUUCACAAGGUCAAAAUCGCCUGCUUGUCAACCCCCUUGGACAUUCUCUCUUAGCAUUUCUUUCAUAACUCUGCUCCAACUGGGGACAGAACUGAGAGUGACCCUGCACUAAACUACUUCCUCACAGUGUUUCAGAGUAACACUGUAAAGUUACUUGGGAGUAACCCUAAUCCUGAAUUUUUCUUGGUGAGAUAACAGUUUGUGGUUGCCUUUUUCUGGGAUCUUUCCCAGCCUACAGCUCUGGCUCUCCUGGUGGUCUCCUGUCCAAAUACUAACAAGGCUCUACCCCGCUUAGCUUCUAAGCCCAGACAUUCAAACAGGGCUACCUGUCUGCACUCUACCUGCUACCUGCUGCACUUUGGCUAUUUUUCUACAAAGUAUCCAUUAUAGCAAGGUUCCUCAACCUCAGCAAC